GAGGUUCACUUAGCUGUGACCAGCAGUAUAAAUCGGUAACGCAUCGGUCAACGGUUGUGAACGGUUCCGACGCAUUUGCAUUUGUAUUUGUAGAGAAGCGAAGAAAAGGGAAACGAAAAAAAUUGAAAGUCUCCUGCCGCAAAGGAUACAACGAUGCGAACGCUUUUUGUGUUGUUGCUGUGCAUUGGCGCAGCGUUUGCAGCAACACAUGUCAACAUCUCGAUUGCUCAACAUCCUGCCACAAAUCCGGCUGAUGUCACCUAUUUGGAGGGCACCGCACCGGAGGAAUUGAAAGCGGGUCCGGCGAAGAAAUUGGUGAGCGGUGAGGAGCGUUUCGCCAAGUUGCGUUCAGCUGAGAAUAGCGGUGAUAGCGUUGCAAACGUGCAAGAAAAAAGUAGUGAAGAGCAAAAUGAAGAAGCUGCCAGUUUUAAUGGCAGCGCGAAAUCAGCACAGCAGGUUCAGCGAAAUUUGGAACAGUCGAACGGCUUUCAACAGCAGCAACAGCAGCAGCAGCAGCAACAACAACAGCAACGAUUUUAUAGUCGUAUACGUCAACCGAGCCGUCAGAGUCAAUUCCGUCAAGCCACUGCUCAGGAUAAGCAAAAUCAGGAGUUUGAACGUUACAUACAAAACUAUCACAGCAGCCCGACCGUGGAAACGGUAUUCGAGACCAAGGAUAAUUCACCAUCAGCACGUUAUGUAUACUCUUCCUCGUCGUCGUCUUCUGCUGGUCCAGCGCGACUUGUUGCUGCCGAUACAAAACCUUCACAGCAGCACACUUUUGAAAGGCAGGUUGCACUACCAGCAGCAGUUGCCGCAGCAUCGUCAGCCUCCGCACCGGCGGAAGAACAAUCGAAAUCAGCGCCCGAUGCGAAAAUUCAAAUAUCACCCGCACCAGUAGCAGCACAACCAGCUGCACCUGCGCCAGUAGCUGUACCGGUGGCUGCACCAGCUGUCUCGCAUUCAGCUGCAGCCGUGGUACCAGCUACUUCGUCGAAGACAGCGACUACAGUGAUCAGCGCGAGCAGUGAUGGCGGCAAAUUAGGUGUGGGUGGUGCAUUUGGUGCCAGUUUUGGUGGCGCUGAUAGCGGCUCACACGGUGUAAGCUUCAGAGUUGCCGGCGGUGGUGGUGGUGGCGGUGGUUACAGUGUACCAAAUUACAAUCAUUAUCCUAGCUACGCGAAACCCGAAUAUGAACAACCUAGCUAUAACUAUGAUCAAGGCGAUGCUGGUGGUUUCUUAAAUGAGUAUCCACCGUCUGUUGAUGAGCAUGCUGGUGGUUAUGAUGGCUUUUAUGGUGGUCAAGGACAUGAAUACCAAUCAAAUGGUGGUUAUUUACCGCCGCAACCAAAUGUUUAUCAACGCCCAGUCGUGACCAAAACUAUACAGAUUGCACAACCAGCGCUGAAAGCGAAGAAAUUCGAGGUGCGCCAUCCUGCCAUUCAAAAGGAGUUCUACGAUAUCGAAGAGCGUGUAGUGAUUAAACCGGCUGGUACCAUAGUAGUUGAACUGGAGCAUCCAGUGGCGAAAAUACCGAAAGGCGAAACUGUGCUGCCACUCGGUCAUCCUCAUCCCGCUAUUGCUGCACAAUAUAAUAUCAAUAGCGAUGCAGAAAUCGAGACUGAGUCGUCUAGUGCCGGUGCUUAUAACAAUGGCGCGCGUUCAAACUCGAAUCAGGUGUAUGCAAGCCCCGUUAGGAAGCAUCCAGCCGCAGUUAUUAGUGGUUCACAUAUUGGGUCUACUAUUACUGCUACACCAACAAAUAACCCAAAUGCCAAACGCGAUUUUGUGGAAGCAAAUCUUCGUAAACAAUAUGGUGAAGAAGCUCGACUCGUGACCCCAACUGAAGCUGCGCGCAGUGAGCAAAACGCACGCGCUAAAGAAUUUUACAGCCCCAACGAUGCACGUGACAGCCAGCGUCAAGUUCCUAGUAGGAACUAUGCACCCAACACGGUUAGACGCGAAGAAAGCAGUUACCAGCGUCCCGCACGUGUUGAGGUUAAACAGGACGAGGAGAUAUAUCGGCCCACGUUGACCAAGUCGGCCGAAGGACAACAAUUACAAAAUAAAGCGGCCGAGUUCCAAAAUGAUGAUGGCGAUGAAUAUAACGGCGAAUACGUUACUGGUAACUUCUACAAUACAGCCAAUAGGGACCCCAAGCCCGCACGUUUACAAGAGGCACCAACUGCUAAGAGCGCACGCAUCACUGCUGAGCCACAAACUCGUAUCAUCAAGCAUGAACAUACAAUAAAUCUGCCACCUUCUCAACAUAACAUCUACUUGGCGCCUAGCAGAUACGAAGACCGCCCGGUACUUGUAUCAGAACAGCGUAAGCAAGUAGCGUCAGCUAAGCAACAGCCUGCUCACUUAGAAGAGGAAAUUGCACGCACCACUGAAAUUAAACCAUUCUUGGAUCGUCAACGUGAGGGUGUAGUGGUCUAUGCGGUGCCAGCCAGGCGCCAACCACCAGCACAACAACGUUAUGUACAGAAUGAAAGAAGUGAACGUCGUCAACCACUUCCACAAUUCGUACCGCAACAACGCACUUAUGGUCAACUGCGAUAUGAUCCCGACUCAGAUGUGGAUGCAGCAGCAGUAGAGUAUAGCCCACCAUACUCUCAUAUGCGUUUCGAUCCAAAAGAAUCUGCGCGUCUUACCGCUGAUGCAGAAGAUCAACGCAACUCUGAUGAGAAGGCACCACAAAGAACAGUCACAGUGUACUACAAUCGUGGACCCGAGUCGAAUGGACGUUUAAUUUCACAAAACAAGUCAGAGGCCGAGAUCGAAUCAAAGGAGGCAAUUAAAGUACCAGAAGCCAGUGAGGAAGCUAAGUCGACGAGCAAUGAACUGCGACCUCUAGCUCACAUUCAAUUACAAGUACCGAAUGGACCACAAGAGGCGGAUCAACCCAUUCGAGUAAUGUCUUCCAUUAGUCAACCUAUGGAAUAUAGUAGUCGCUCAGCUCAAACAAAGCAGCCAAAAGCUAAAGAAAUAGCCGACGAACAAGUGGAACAAAUAAAUAACGAACCACUACCUGAAGAAGAUGCUCAACAGGAAGAUGCCGCACUGCAAUCUGAGAACGUUGCAUCUCAACCAGAUUGCGCUCAGAACGUAGAGAAAGUAAGCGCUCGUUAUGAGAAUAGUCAACAGUAUUACGACGAUGAUGUGCAAUAUGAAGAGCCACGUACUAGAUCGCAACUAAAAUCUCAACGCUUAAUAGACACCAGCAACGCAAACGCUAAUGGCAAAGAGAACAACAAACCAUUAGCCUCCGAUGCGGAAAACAUCGACACCAGUGGCAAAGAUGGUAAUCCUCAUGUAACGCCACCGGGCUCACGUGUUAUCGCCGCUAACCCAGCGCCCCAAGAUGCUUCGGCUGCUAGUGAGAGUUUCCACAAACGUCGCAUUGUGGUAAAUCAUCCCUUCCAAACCGUGCGUGAGGUAGUCGAACAUGAACCUAUCACGAACUAUCAUCAAAUACAGGUACAUGAACCCGCAUCACCAACGUCUGCCUACAAUAAGGCACCCUAUUUUGCUCCCAAUGGUGCUCUACGUCAAAUCGAAACAGUGCGUCUGGGUGUGCCAGUUACAUUUCAUCAUGCGUCCGGCCCUACGCAUGGUAAUUUAGUUUAUACUUUGCCUGAUGCGAUUCCUGUGCAUGAAGACACAGGCGAAGUAGAGCCGAGCUAUCAGUCCAGACGUCAACGUGUACGUGCUUAAGUUUAAAUGAAUUUUCUCACUACGUUUACGGUAAACAGAAUUUGGCUAUUUGUUGUUGUUAUUGUAGUGGUUUUUUUUUUUUGCCAUUAAUUAAGGAUAUUAUGCUUACAAACAUACUCGUAUUAUUAACCGUAUUUCGUUGCGCGAUUUUUUUUUUGUACAUCUGUAAGAAUUUAAGAAGAAUUGUAACCCAAUCCUUGAAGGUUAAAGGGAUAACUUACACUAAUGAUUGCCAGAUAGCGCAAACGCGCUGUCCAUAUUAUAAAUAUAAGUAUCUAAACUCCCCAUAUAUAAGUUGACGAAUAAAAGCAAAAAGUGCUAUGUGAAAACGAA